AGCGGGAUUACCAGUUAACCGGUUUGCGGGGUGGAAGACUUGGGCUUGCAUACCUCCCGCGUGUUUCUUUGAUACAGCCGGUAUAUAAGGGGCUAUAAUAGAACUCACGUGGAAUGAACUCCACGACUGUAACCACGACGAUUAUGUCUGGUUCCCCGCUGUCAACCAGGACGUGCUCUUCAUGCUGUUUUAUGAAUCAGAAGGCAGAAAAACCUACGCUAUCAGGCCAGCGUCUGAAAACCCGGAAAAGGGAUGAAAAAGAAAAGUACGAUCCCUCAACAUUUCGUGACGCUAUUAUUCAGGGGCUUAAUGAGGCAGGCACUGAUUUAGAACAAGUUUCAAAAUUUUUGGAUGUCUCUGCAACUAAACUCAACCUGAGGCGUUACUCAGAUGUACUUCUGGACAUACUGUUUGCAGGCGGACAAUUAGCCCCAGGUGGGUCUUUGGUAGAAGACUCUGACCCUGACAAGGUGAUCCGCACUAACGCAUGUGUGUUCAGCUGUGAUGAAACUGUUGAAUCUUUGCGCUCAUUUUAUGAGGUUCUCUACAAAUUGAUCCGCCGUUACAAGUAUCUGGAGAGAGCAUUUGAAGAUGAGCUUAGCAAGAUCCUGCUCUUUCUCAAGGGCUUCACUGAGGAAGAACGGCGUAAGCUGGCCAUCAUCACGGGCAUCAUUAUGGCCAACGGGCUCGCUUCUGCCAAAGUGCUCAAUCCCAUUUUUGAGGAGCACUUGGUUAAGGAGGGACUGUCACUGGAGUUUGCCACCUUGAUGUUCAAGACUUGGCUAGCAGAGAAGGACGUUAACAGCUUGUAUGGCUACCUGAAGAAGUCUCAACUUGAGGGCCGGCUGUUGGAGCUGUUCCCACUGAAUAAACGCAACCAGGAGAACUUUGCAGCUUAUUUCAGGGAACAAGGACUGGGGCCUAUCGCUGAUGUACAGAGAGUCACUCAAACAUCUGAGGUGAAGAAAGAGCUUCAGAAGCAACUGUCAGACAUGGUACACGAGGAUGCUCCUGUCAAAGAGGUGAUUGCCUUUGUGAAAGAAAAUAUGAUCAAAAACAACCUGCAGGCCCAUGACCUUGUGAUAAUUGCCUGGAACACCAUAAUGGCAGCUGUGGAGUGGAACAAGAAGGAUGAGCUAGUGGCAGAGCAGGCCAUGAAACAUCUGAGGACGUACACACCUCUGCUGGCUGAGCUUACCACCUCCACCAAAUCUGAGAUCAACCUCAUGCUGAAGGUCCAGGAGUAUUGCUACGAAAACCAAAGUUUUAUGAAAGUUUUCCAGAAAAUCAUUGUUCUUUUCUACAAAAAUGAUGUACUGUCUGAAGACGCCAUCUUGAAAUGGUACAAACAGUCCCACUCUUCCAAGGGAAAGCGUGUUUUCCUUGAGCAGAUGAAGAACUUUGUGGAGUGGCUAGAGAAUGCAGAGGAAGAAUCGGAAGAUGAAGAGGAGGAUGAUGACAACCAGGCAGCUCAAAAAUAAACCAGCCACCAGCCUGACUCGCAGACAGACUAAUGACAAGGAGGCUAAUAUCACUUUUCAUACAUGCACAUAUAGCAGAGGAGAUGAAUGUUACCACCUCCAAUAACAUUAUUCAUAUUGUAUUAUAUUUCAGAAAAUAAAAACUCCCCUAUGACACAAAUCAGAUUUAACAUCAUGGAGUUGUUCCCACUACCACUAUCACAAUUUUCUAAAACUGUUUGCGCAUGAAAAUAUGUAAAGUAGAUUUACAAAAAUUUAUUCAUUUUCUGUUAUAGGCCCUUAAAUCCAAUACAAUAUCUUUCGAGAAAUUUAA